CAUCGUACUGUUUGCAUUCCUCCUCCCUUCUGUGAGACUGACAGCCCGUUAGCUGCUGCUGCUCGCCGGCAAUGAUACAGCAAACACGGACUCGGCAAGACGUACCGAGAUGGACUUAACGAGCACUUUCCACCGCUUGAAAGACGGAUAUUAUCUAGACACCAUUUUCUGUUGACGACAGACGGGAUUUAAUCCUCAUCGGCCUCAAUAUUUGUUUCGGGGAAAAGGACACUUGCCGUCCGGGAAUGGAAUGGAUGCGACGACUGAUUUCCUGCGACAUAUGCCGGCCAGCUAAGAAGCUUCCACGUUCACUUUGAAGACUGCCGGAGUGCACCUUAUCUGUUCAGGGCCAGACUGUUUGCUUAAUCGUAAAACUAAUGUCAGCAAAAUUGUCGCAGUUUGUGAAAAUGUGCACCAAAUUCUAUAAGACUGUGGCUAAUCGCUAGUGGCGACCCAACACAGCUUUAAGCUAACCAUCGGCUAGCUUAUUUUCGCAUUCUUUGUUUAUUUUGUUUGUCUCACUGAUUUAAUUGUUUUUAUAUUUUUGAAGGUGGGUUAAUACUUAUGUUAAUGAGGGGGAUAGCGCUUAUAAGCUAGCGUUUCAGCGUAACUACAGCCCGGAACGUUGAACUUGGUUUUUAAAGGACAUAAAUCAUCUGACUUCUCACUUAUGGCUCGUUAGUAUCGCGGUACUGCAGCUGACCCAGCUAGCUAGCAUCUCUGUUAGCUAGUAGGUAGCGCAAACAGCCCUCGGCCACUUUUUGGCUUUUGUUAACUCAUUGAAGGUUAAGAUGCACCACCAGGACUUUUCUGGAGACCCGCCUGGUUCCGGGAGCAGGAAAGCUGCGUACCACUACAGGAGAGGAAGCAGCGGUGCGUCUGCAUCCUCCGCAGCCAGUGGUAGUGGAGUCAACACGGUUGACGACAAUCCAACCCAGACAGGAUCCUCGUCUCCCGGACUCCACCACCAGGCCCAGUCCCAAGUGGCCGGUGCUCAGGUGAAGAAGAAAAGUGGCUUCCAGAUAACAAGUGUCACUUCAGCUCAGAUCAAUGUGAGCGGCAACAACAGCUUAGCAGAUGACACUGAGAGCUAUGAUGAUAUGGAUGAGUCACACACGGAAGACCUUUCUUCCUCUGACAUGCUGGAUGUGUCUGUGUCCAGAGCUACAGACACAGGUGUGCCAGAGAGAAGCUCUUCUGAUGAGACACUGAACAGCCUCCAUGGGGUAGACACACCUGGACUUGUGUCUCCGAAUGAGCCUAUUCACCCUCAUCCCAUCCCUCAGGGGUCUCAGCAGCACACCUCUAUGGUAAAUGGGACCAUGCAUCAUCAUUAUUAUCCCCAGCAACACAGCCAGACCCACCACCAUCACUCUGAUAGCUUGGGAGGAGGUGAACCCUCACUGCCGGCUCUUCCCAGUAAUCUGCUGGCUAAUUCCAGUCCAGCUGUGGUUUCCAAACCUGGACCUGGCCAAACCCAGAGGCCACAGAUGUUGGAUAAACCUGCAGGUGGGACAAACCAACCGCUGUCGGUCACUGAACUCCCACAAGGCAGUGUGAACAUUUCUAAUAUGCCUGCUGUUCCUCCUUCUGGGGCUACAGGUUUUGACAACACUAGCGUGAGUGGACAAGCAGUAUCUGUUGGAGGAGGAACAGGUCCGGCUACUGCUGCUCCAAGCGCUCAAACCCAGCACACCCAAACUCAGCCAGCGACUGGCUCUCGUUUUAGAGUGGUCAAAUUAGACACUAACUCUGAGCCGAUCCGCAAAGGAAGAUGGACAUGUACGGAGUAUUAUGAAAAGGAGAUUCCUCAUCCAGCUACUGUUGAGGCUGCUAAAGGUGCAGAGGUGGCUGCAGAGACUGAGGCAGGUAAUGCUGGGAUGAGUCAAGGGAUACCUGCUUUACAGCCACCUCACACGCUACAGUCCUAUCAGCAGCCCAGCCAGGACUUCACCAGUCCUCAAGCCAUGCAGAGUCCACCACAGGGAUCGGCCCAAACCACCACGCCUUUGCCCUAUGUUUCACCGCAGGAAGCCAUUGGUGGGGCUCACUUGCAGAAACCAGGGGCUCCUCUCACUCUCCCUGCAGCAAUACCACAGGCCAGUGCAAGUCAGCCUCCUGUAAUACCCCAGCAGUUGCCAUAUGUUGUAGAUCCCCACCAUGCUCAAGCCCAGGGAGGUUAUCCUGCACCUCAGCUACAUUCUGGGGUCAUGCCCGCAGGAAGUGUCAGACAGCCAGACUUUAUCCAGCCCACAGCUCCUUUCCAGACCCAAGUCCAACCUCCGCUGCCACAUGUUACAACAGGAAUCUCUAUAACUCCAGUUCCAGGGGUGACAGCGCAGCAGCCGGUCAGCAUGACUCAGCAGCUUCCUCAUCAAGGCCAGGCUGCCCCACCUGUCCAGGCAUCAUUUACAAGACAGCCACAGACCCUCCCAGCUCAACCCCAGCCUCACCCACAGCCACAAGUCCAGCCCUCGUCCACUGCCACAGGGAGUCCCUACAUGCCUCUGACGGCUGUCCUUCAACCCCUCCUCACACCGGGCGCUAACUUCACCUCAGUUCCCGGAGGAGGGAGCUCCAAUAAAACUUCCCAGCUUGAAGAUGCCCAGAAACUUCUGCUCCAGCACCAAGGUCUGCUGCGUCUGCCCAGGCUGGGGACUUCAGCAGGUGGAGAAGGAGCCGCAGAAGGUGGCGGUGCUGCUGGAACACUGGCCCACAUGGGCAUGUCAGCCGAGGCCAGUGCCUUCAUGGCCGCGGCUGCAGGCCUGAGGACUCAUCAUGCUGAAGGAGAGGAAGACAGCUCCUCUGGUGCAAGUGUGGUGGCCAUUGACAACAAGAUUGAACAAGCCAUGGACCUGGUGAAGAGCCACCUGAUGUAUGCCGUGCGCGAGGAGGUGGAGGUGCUGAAGGAGCAGAUCAAGGAGCUGAUCGAGCGCAACACGCAGCUGGAGCAGGAGAACAACCUGCUCAAGAACCUGGCCAGCCCUGAGCAGAUGGCUCAGUUCCAGGCACAGGUCCAGACCGGCGGCUCCCCGACCGGCACCGCCCAGCCUCCGGUCCCGGCUGGAACGGCACAAGUCCUCCCCUCCACACAGAACUCCGGCACGUCUGCGUAACCCAGAAGCUGCACACUGGAGGACCCCCACCCCCCACCACCACCAUCUCUGAGGAGGAGCGAUAGGGGGAUGGAAGGAAGCAGGAGAGGAGGAGGAAGAAGGAGUCUUGCCAUACUGUGAACUGACUCUAUGCCACCGUCUCGACUAUCGCACACUUCAACUUAACCGGAGGACGAAAAACAAACUUUCUUUUGUUGCACAUUUAAUUUAACUGAAAGGGUUUGGAAUUGCACCUGUGUGUGUGUGUGUGUGUGUGUCCGCGUCCGCUUUGUCUCCAACUUUUAUUACCUGCUUCAGACAAUCGUCGUUGUCGCGAUGAAGAGGGGAAGGACAGAGCUGACAGGAAGUGUCAGUGGACCCUCACAGCCGCCUCCGCCGCCGCCGCCAUUGUUCAGGGCUACCAAUGAGGGAGAAGCUCAUGUCGGGCCCUGCAUGUUCUCGUCAGUGCCGUCAAAUCCCUCGCGGUGACCUGUGGAAAGUGUGCCAUCGUCUCAGCCCCCCGACUCACCUCAGCCCAGCACUGUCCACGUUACACUCAGCUUCUUUGUUUUAUGGGCGCCCCCCCCCCCUGUGCUGCGGUCUGUGCACUAUUUCCCAGCCAAUAAUGACAAUGGAUGAACAUUAAAGAGUCGAACGACCCAUCUGGAAUGGGAGUCAAAGAGUCCAGCUCACUUUGUCCGCCCCUGAAUCUCCAUCCUCAAAGCACCUGAAGACGACGGGAGUCUUGCUAUUUCUGGGCUUGGGUGGAGGGGGGGGGGGGUUAUAAAGAAUUAUGAAACGCAUAUUGUUCACGUUGAGAACUCUUGAGUUCUUCUAAAGGUUCACGUGGCCGUCCCCACCCUGAACGCACUCCCUCCCCUUUCUUGGAUGGCGCAUUAAACAUUUAUGCAGGGAAUCAAUGUUUGUUUUUUAGGGAGGGUCUAGGAUUUUGUUUUUGUCUAUGAAGUUUUUGCUCUUGUUGAUGUAAUUAAUGUCCUAGUGAUCUGUAAAAAAAAAAAAUAACCGAGAGGCAAAUAAGUAGGACAUGACUGUUUCUAGGUAGUGAACUUUGUACAGAUUAAAAAUUUCCAAUUCAACUCUGCCAAGUGCCUGGUUUCCAACCAUAGAUACAUAUAUAAAAGCUUUUUUUAGUUGUUUUACUCAAUGUGUGUAUAGACAAACAUAUGUAUAUAUAUAUGUAUAUAUAUAUCUAUGGUUUUGCCAGGUUAUGAACUACCUGUGAUGUCAAUACUCAGGGUGGGAACAGAAGAGGAUUAUUUACCUCCACGCUAAGAUGCUGUCUCUCCUGCAGUGACACACGGCCUCGUGCUGUACAUGAACUCUCCUCUGCCGUUGCUUGACUUCAUUCGCUCAAAUCGUCUGGACUGUUUUGCAAUGUGGAGACGUGUGGUUUUUUGUUUUUAAGUGAACGGCGGUGGUGUAAGUUUUCUUUGUCUCUUUUCUUUUUAUUUGUCUUUUUGUACAGCCAAGUGUUUUGAGUUGCUCGUAGUGCAACUGGAGCGCCGAACACAAUAACGAGACACUUGGCAUUGGGGGGGAGGGAAUGAAAAGGAAAAUGCCUAGCACAAGUAUGUUGAUGUUUUGUGCAUGUUCCUCAGCCCAUCACAAAUGUGACGUUACAAUUGCACUAGACAGUUGCACCUCAAAUAAAAAAUGAAAACAAAAAAAAGCAAAAAA